AUGAAGCCGGGUAUCAGAGAUGGUGUCGGGUAUCAGAGAUGGAGUCGGGUAUCAGAGAUGGAGUCAGGUGUCAGAGUUGGAGCCGGGUAUCAGAGAUGGAGUCAGGUGUCAGAGAUGGAGACGGGUAUCAGAGAUGGAGCGAGGUAUCAGAGAUGGAGUCAGGUGUCAGAGAUGGAGUCGGGUAUCAGAGAUGGUAUCGGGUAUCAGAUAUGGAGUCGGGUAUCAGAGAUGGAGUCAGGUGUCAGAGUUGGAGCCGGGUAUCAGAGAUGGAGUCAGGUGUCAGAGAUGGAGACGGAUAUCGGAGAUGGAGACGGGUAUCAGAGAUGGAGCGAGGUAUCAGAGAUGGAGUCGGGUAUCAGAGAUGGUAUCGGGUAUCAGAGAUGGUGUCGGGUAUCAGAGAUGGAGUCAUAUAUCGGAGAUGGAGUCGGGUGUCAGAGAUGGAGUCAGGUGUCAGAGAUGGAGUCGGGUAUCAGAGAUGGAGUCGCGUAUCAGAGAUGGAGUCAUAUGUCAGAGAUGAAGUCAUAUAUCGGAGAUGGAGUCGGGUAUCAGAGAUGGAGUCGGUUGUCAGAGAUGGAGUCGAGUAUCAGAGAUGGAGUCAUAUGUCAGAGAUGGAGUCAUAUAUCGGAGAUGGAGCGAAGUAUCAGAGAUAGAGUCGGGUAUCAGAGAUGGAGACGGGUAUCAGAGAUGGAGUCAUAUGUCAGAGAUGAAGUCAUAUAUCGGAGAUGGAGCGAAGUAUCAGAGAUGGAGUCGGGUAUCAGAGAUGUAGACGGGUAUCAGAGAUGGAGUCGAGUAUCAGAGAUUGGGUCGGGUAUCAGAUAUGGAGUCGGGUAUCAGAGAUGGAGUCGGAUAUCAGAGAUGGAGACGGGUAUCAGAGAUGUAGACGGGUAUCAGAGAUGGAGUCGAGUAUCAGAGAUGGGGUCGGGUAUCAGAUAUGGAGUCGGGUAUCAGAGAUGGAGACGGAUAUCGGAGAUGGAGACGGGUAUCAGAGAUGGAGCGAGGUAUCAGAGAUGGAGUCGGGUAUCAGAGAUGGAGUCAGGUGUCAGAGAUGGAGUCGGGUAUCAGAGGUGGAGUCAUAUGUCAGAGAUGGAGUCGAGUAUCAGAGAUGGAGACGGGUAUCAGAGAUGGAGUCGGGUAUCAGAGAUGGAGUCGGGUAUCAGAGAUGGAAUUGGGUAUCAGAGAUGGUAUCGGGAAUCAGAGUUGGAGCCGGGUAUCAGAGAUGGAGCGAGGUAUCAGAGUUGGAGCCGGGUAUCAGAGAUGGAGCCGGGUAUCAGAGAUGGAAGCGGGUAUUAG